AACCCUUUUUCAAACAGCAUCAGUGUAUUAUGUAACACACUCCAGCAACAUUGUGCAAUAGGAGGCGUUGUAUUAUAAACAGUGAAAAAAGGAGUUCCUGUAGUGAAAGUCCAUGUUCUGUUGAGAACAUUUGAUUCAGCCAGUCAGAUGCAGCUGUGAGUUUUGCCUUGAGAGAGUAUGAGCUUUAAACAGCCACAUCAGCAAUAAGAUAGAUGAGGUGAUAAGGCAUUGUAUGGUUUAAAAGGAGUGGCACAGACUUUGGGUAAGGCACUCCCUUCUGCUGAGUCUUCAGUCCACCUCACAGUCCACAUCACAGCCAUCAUGACCUUCAACGGCGCCUGGAAAAUCGAUCGCAAUGAGAACUAUGAGAAAUUCAUGGAACAAAUGGGAAUCAACAUGGUGAAGAGGAAACUGGCUGCACAUGACAACCUCAAAAUUACCUUGGAACAAACUGGAGACAAGUUUCAUGUCAAGGAGAGCAGCAACUUCCGCACCCUGGAACUAGACUUCACUCUGGGUGUCACCUUUGAAUACAGCCUCGCAGAUGGAACUGAACUUUCAGGCUCCUGGGUUAUGGAGGGAGACAUGCUGAAGGGAGUUUUCACCAGGAAGGACAAUGGAAAGCAACUCUCAACAACCAGAAUUGUCCAAGGGGAUGAACUGAUACAGACCUACAACUAUGAAGGCGUGGACGCAAAGAGGAUUUUCAAGAGAGCUUAAAGAAAACUGGUCAACCGUUCCCAAAACAAUGACGUGACAGAAUUACAUACAGUAUUGUGUUGAAAUGUCCACUCCUUAUGCCAACAUGGGAGUAUUGUAGAGAUACCUUUACAAUGUGCUCUCUACCUGUACAGUAUACUGAACUAUUUUCAAUUGCACUGGGUUUUGAUACUUGUAGUAAUAAAGUCAGAACUGUCUGUU